AUGGCGAACGAACAACAUCACAUCAGCAGACAAGGCGCACUGGGGGUUGGCACUCAGCGGAACGUUUCAAACACGUCGUUACCAGCUAUGACGGCAGAGGAAGAGGCAGUAGCCGACGUGGACGAGCCUCCUGAACCGUCGCGUACUCCACGUCCUGCCCCUUUGCAGCUUCACCAGUCUCCGACAACCUCCUUUACCAAGUUCCCACCCGUCCUUGAUCGAAAAGAAUCACUCUUGACCAAUGCGCUGAAAUGGAACUCAAACACAAGCUCGCCCGUCGACGAGCAUCCCGACAAAACCCCUCUCCGCGGACUAUCGUGCAUCUCAACAUGGAGCAACGCCAGCGGCACAACGGCCGAGCUGACCAGCGACGGAGGUUUCACAAGCCCGGGUACGCGAACUAGCACGCCGAGCCCGCCGCUUCCUUCGGCUACGUUCCAUCGAAAUAUGCCCAUGUUCAGCAAGAAGACGUUUGAGCUGCCAGUUUCAGUUGUCUCGCACGAUGACGACAUGGUCAGCCCAUUGCAGAAGACUGCGACUCCAAUGAACGAUGAGCAGAAUGUGGAAGCCGUGCUGGGAAGGAAGAGACGGAUCAUGUUUGCAUGCGGCCAGAAAGAGGAGAAAAAGCCAGCAGAGCCACCAGCGAAGCCAACACCUGCUCCAGCAGACGAACCUCCAAAGCGUGCUUGCACGAUUAAAUUCGCUUGCCCUACCAAGAUAUCCACAGAGGCCAUUUCCAAGACGACCAAGCCCCGCGCCCGUGUGCUCAGCCCCGCACCGUUGGCGCGCCGGAUACCGUCGUCUCCAAAGCCGUCGUUGAGGGCCCACCGCGAUUCCGAUUCGACAGUCUGCAACAAAUCUCCCGUAAGCGUUCGCAAGGUGCCCAUGGUGGAUCGUACUCGCCGCCUCAGUGUCAACUCAGAUCUUGCUCGGUGCGAGAAAUAUCGCUUCCAUGAGUUCGCAAGCUCAGAAGAGGAGGUCGAAGAAUGGACACAAGAGGUCACAUGUCACCGUAACCGCCUCACUGUUCAGGACACUCUCAAGGUCGAGAACACGCUACGUCAAAUGGGUGAGGAGGCUGAAGAAGAGGCAUUAGAGGAAGAGAACGAAGGAGAUGACGCUGCAGAGAUGGGCGACGAUGAUGAUGACGACGAUGAUGACGACCUUGAUGAGGACGGCAACGCCAGUGAUGGGUACAGCGAUGUCACCGAUGAAGGCUUCCAAACCGAUGAUGAAGACGGCUUUGCAGUCUCAGACGAUGAGAGCGAUGCCGGUUCCGAUUACAACUGGUGGGCACCUGGAGCCUCCACCGCCGCCACAUCGGUUGAACAUCUUGAGCAUCUUCGCCUGAAGACCCAUCGCACCGUGUCUGAGUCUUCGAUCGGAUCAUUGGAGAGCCGGGAAGGCCUCAAAAUCUCCGACAAGCCACACUACAAGCGCACAAAGUCAAGACCGGUCAACAUCCGCGUCCCAAGUCCUGAGCUGCCUGACAGUACAGAUUUUGUCUGCGGAACGCUCGACGAGGACCGACCUGCAGAAGAAGCGUACAUGUCGACUUUGAAACGCCGACGCGAAGCUAAGCAGAAGAAGACGCCCCAAGAUAUCGACCCCACGUUCCCAGCAUCCGACCCUGAACUCCCCGAUGACGAGGAGGACGAGGUGUCGGAAGUGGAAGAGCCUUCGGAAAGCGAUUUCAUGCUGCAUGGUCGCAUGGACCCUGUCGACGGCGAUCUACGGGGUCGUCGUAAGGAUGCUCCGAAGAAGCGCUCUCCCGCACAAUCACCUAGAAGGCUUCGAUCACCGCCACCAGCGAAGCGUACCGUGCAUCGCUCUCCACCUCCCCGCAAGCUUUUUGGAAACUCGCCCAAGCGUCUCCACUCUCCUCCACCACCUAUGCGCCUGCGUCCGCCUCCACCCACCCGCCACAACACGGUCAACCCUCGCACGACGCGGCAGCGUAGCGAGAUGGCGAUUCGCUUUGGCGGCGGUAUUGCUGGGCGCCGUGCGCUCACAGUCUCUGCCUCGGUCCCUCGAACUCCCAUCAACAUGAUGAAUCCGUUUGAGCUUGAGGAAGAAGAUAUGGGCCCUGAUGAGAUGCCCGUCCGCCGCGCCAUCGCUAUCCAGGUCGGUCUCGAGAAGAAGAGGCAGCGCCGUAAGGAUCAGCUGUACCGGAAGCAGCACCGCAAGGGCGCCAAAGAGAAGCGUCCUGCACCUGGAAAAGGCGCAGAACGCAUGCGCGAGAUGGGUCUUGCGGCCCAUGCUCACAAGGGCAAGACAACCGCGUUUGGACCUUUCCAGAUUCCCACCAACAACGAUCAAAAGGACAUGCACGUGCUGUCGGUGUAG